GGGACGACCACCGAGAGACAGAAAGAGGGACGGAAGAAGUGGAGACACACAAGCUAGGCUCGAUCGAGAUCGUGGGAAAAGUGAAGCCCAGGUCUCCAUUUUGGGGCACACACUCGGUCGGGGGGGUAGCCUUCAGCCAGCAGUCAAUCGAUCAGCCCCGAUCAGCCCGGCCCUCUAGCCAGCUUCACAGAUUGAAAUCCCUGCUGGGUGGCCGAUUGUGAGAAGCCUUCCCUGCGACCCACCCCCAUGCCACAUUGAGCUGGGCCGCCGGAUCGAUCUUUCCGUGAGCGCUUCCUCGCCCGGGCAUCACGGGUUCUUGCGCGGGUCGACCGCUUCGCACGUCGCCCGCGGCGGCUGAGCCCCCUCCACUCAUGGCCUCCAAUCAGCCCGAUCCCGGGGGUGCUCCGCCCGGCGGUGAUGGACCGGCUGAUACCGAUGGGGCGGCCAGUGGUGCCAAUUUGGCCCCAUCCACGGCAGCUGGCCAGGCGGGCAGCGCCCUAGACUCGUUCUUGGCCGCCUCCAGCGCUGCGGCCAGUGGCACCGCGGCCAGUGGCGGGUCGGCCAAUGCCGCGGCCUUGGCUGCCAUGUUUAGCGAGGACCUGGAAGACAGCGAUAUGGGCCGCCUCCAAGCCGUGCUCGAGGCUAGAGGCUUUCCGCCCCAUCUGGCGGGUGUUUUGGGUCCGCGCAUGCACCACCUGAUCCUCAACCGGGCCAUGGCGCCCUCGGCCACGUCCAAGGCCCAACAGCUCUUGCAAGGCUUGCAAGCCACGGGCGACGAGUCUCGACAGCUCCAGGCCGUGAUUGAGAUGUGCCAACUUUUGGUCAUGGGCAACGAGGACACGCUCACCGGUUUCCCCAUUCGCCAAGUGGUGCCGGCCCUCAUCGUCUUGCUCAAAAUGGAGCACAACUUCGACCUCAUGAACCACGCCUGUCGAGCCCUAACCUAUAUGAUGGAAGCCUUGCCCCGGUCGUCCACCGUCAUCGUGGACGCCAUCCCGACCUUUUUGGAGAAGCUCCAGUCCAUCCAGUGCAUGGACGUGGCCGAACAGAGCUUGUCAGCGCUCGAGAUGCUCUCCAAGAAGCACAACAAAGCCAUUCUCCACGCCAAGGGCGUCAUGGCCUGCCUCAUGUUCUUGGACUUUUUCAGCAUCACGGCCCAACGGAAUGCCUUGGCCGUCACGUCCAAUUGCUGUCAGGGUCUUCUCCCGGAAGAAUUCGUCCACGUGCAGGAUGCUCUCACCAUACUCUCGUCACGACUGAUUCACGACGACAAGAGAAGCUCGGAAUCCGCUUGCUUGGCUUUGAGUCGCUUGGCCGAGAGCUACAAGAACGACAAGCAUAAACUCCGCGAUAUUGCCAAGCCCGAGGUGUUGUCCAAUCUGCAGAAGAUAUUGGUCACCAGCCCGCCCAAUGUCAGCUCGAACACGUUUGUCACUGUCCUACACAUCCUGGUCAUUAUGGCCUCCAACGGCUCGGAAGUCGGCCCCAUGCUACUCGAAGAGUCAAUUGGCUCGACCUUGAGACAACUGCUUGUGGGGUCCUCUUCGGAUCAUGAUGAGUUUGAUUUGGUCCAGAGGAAUCCGCAAGAGCUGUACGAGAUCACUUGUCUCAUUGGCGAGAUGAUGCCCCCCAUGCCCGCCGAUGGUAUAUUCGCUGUGGAUGCACUUCUGGCCAAACCCGGUGCUUUCAUUCGCGAUCCGGUCUUAUGGCAAUGGCAAGAUGAUCGCGGGAACUGGCACACUUAUGGGUUCAACGAUUGCAGAGUGAUCGAGGCUGCCUUUGUGGCUGGAGAGGAUGAGGCCGGUCUUAACUCCAAUGGCAAGUCGUUCACGCUCAAUUUGAAAUCAAUGCAUGAAAUUCGCGAGGAAAAUGGAACCGCUCGUCCCAUUCAAAGAAAAUUGACCAGUCAGCUCCAAAAUGACUUGGAGACCAAUGAGAAGAAAGCCCAACGAUUGAAACAUUUGUCCCUAACGUCUGAAUUGACGAAAGAGCUUCUGCCGGUGUUACUAGAGGUAUACUCCACGUCUGCCGGGCCCGGAGUGAAACAGAGUUGCAUCCAAGCAUUUCUCCGAAUGAUUUACCAUUCCCCAAGCGACUUGUUGAUAGAAGUCCUCAAAGUUCAGACCGUUUCCAGUCAGAUCGCGGGAAUGCUCUCCUCGGGAGAUCUCAAGAUCAUCGUGGGAGCCCUUCAACUCUCCGAGUUGCUCCUGCAAAAGAUGCCCCAAGAAUUCAGCGUGCAUUUCAGACGCGAAGGCGUCCUUCAUCAAGUGCAAAAACUCACCGACCCUGACAAUCCGAUCUGCAUUUCCAACUACAAUGAAAGCCCCCUAUCAAGUAUGGGUUGGUCGUCGGCCUCCACUUCGGUCAUUCAAGGAGGCGCAACAGGUUUAGGUGGAGCUCCCUCUGGACGAAGUUGGACAGUGACUGGAUCCUCCUUUGCUAGCAUGUUUCCAGAUCAAUUGCGGGUGCCGAAGAGACGCGAUGAGUCUUCAUCCUCACCUGAUACGCCACCUCAUCCACCCCUCCGACUGAGCGACAUGCUCAAGCGGAAACGAGUGUCGAAGCGUUCUUCCGGACGGAAAGGUCGCCAUUCCGAAGGAUCGCUACCUCAAGACCUCAGUGGUCCAAGCACCUCUGCUAGCACCAGCCUCCCAGUUGGUGGAAGUGGAGGGGGAGGAGCGGGAGGAGCAGGAGGAGCGGCUCCUGUGCCAGCGCCUUCAUCAGGACCUGGAGGCGCGCCCGAUCUGUCGUUCACAUCCUCGUCGCCCCCGCAUGAUGGACCAGCCACUCCAUCGAGACGUUCUCGUCUCACGUCCUCGAUACUUUCGCAACUAAACCCUUCCAGAUGGGGUCGAAGUUCCGGCAAUUCUUCGAAUCCAUUACUCCAUGGUGGAGGUCAUCAUAGCGAGAGUGGCAAUAGUAGCAGCAGUGGAUCCUCGUCUAAACGCUCAGAUGCCUCAUCUUCGGCGGUGACGAUCAACAAAGCCGUGAGUAAUCCUGCCACGAUGGCACACAGCCGUGAAAAAGCCAAACGUUGGGUUCGGGAACAAGCAUCUCGCUUCUUAGAAUCCUACUUCAAAGAGUCUUUGGGCUCUCGACACCCUGCACUGACCAUACUUCGACGCUUGAGCGCUCAAGUCGAUCACUUGACGAGAAAACCCAAAGAUGGAGAGCGGUCAUUGAGAGAAAUAUUGUCGGUUCUCAUCGAGAAUGAUAUCUCUCCGUUCGAAGUCACACAGAGUGGACUUGUCCCGUCACUAUUGACGUAUCUCACACGAUUGGAAUUAGAUGGGCAUGAGGACAUUACGCGGGAGAGCCGCAUCCGAUGCUUCCUCCACGUGUUCUUGGGAUGUCCCCGGAGUUUGGAUUCUGAUGAGCCACCUGAUCCCGAUCUAGCUCCCAAAUUCUUGAUGUUUGUCCAAAAGAUGACUGCUUGUGUGAACCAUUUAGAACAAUUCCCCAUUAAAAUGCACGACAUGACAUCGGGAUCGUCUGGAGUGAAAUCUGCCGGCUCGACUCUGCGAUUCUUCAAGUCUCAUCAUCUCAAAUGCAGUCUUCAACGGCAUCCUGAAUGCUCCAGCUUGAAAUCCUGGAAAGGAGGGCUCGUCAAAAUUGACCCCUUGGCGUUAGUUCAAGCCAUCGAAAGAUAUCUCAUUACCCGUGGGUAUGGUCACCCGCAAGAUAAGGACUCUGGUGGAUCUGAUGAUGAUAUGAGCGACGAUGGCGGCACUGACGACAUGUUGCCUAGCACCAGCCGUGAACGUGUCGAUGCCGCCAUACAUCGCCUGGAAUUUUCCAUUGGAGAACAUGUCCUGCCCUACGAUAUGACUGUCUACCAGGCCGUGCAACAAUUUGGAGCUCCGGUCUUUGAGAUCUCAGAUUCGGAUUCGGAUAACCGCAACUCCGGAUCGUCUUCUAUGUAUGGCAGUCCUGGCAUUUGGGCUCGUAUCCACACCAUCUACUACCGACCAGCUUCAGAGCGAGAAGAUGCUAGUGGUGUUGGAUCCUCGGGUGCCACGGGCAAGGCGAGUAUUAAGAACAGUGAAGGUGGUAAGAAGGGCAAAAGUUCCAAACAGAGCAAACGCAAAGCGCCAGAUGAGCUUUGGAAUGAGGGUGUGCCGCCCGAACGACCCAAUCCUCUGGACGCUUUCAUGGUGGACAAGUUGCCCAAAUUCUUGAACACGCAAGACCCCUCUCUUGAUGUUUUGUGUCUACUGCGCGUGGUUCAAGCUCUGAAUCGCUACUGGGGAUCCCUCUACUUGACCACCAACUAUUAUCAUCCCAUCAUCAGCCCGCACGAGUUCAUAAACUCUAAAUUGACAGCCAAAGUGAAUCGCCAACUUCAGGACCCUAUCAUAAUCAUGACCUCGAAUCUUCCAACUUGGCUAAAGGAAGUAGCGAGCGUGUGUCCGUUCUUAUUUCCAUUUGAAACCCGGCAAUUAUUGUUCUAUGUGAGCUCUUUCGAUCGUGAUCGCGCCCUCCUACGUCUCCUUGAUUCGGUCCCGGAGUUAGGCGCCUCUGAGAGUGGCCAGGAGCGUGUCACACCCGAACUGGAUCGUAAGAAACGGGUCAUCUCUAGAGACAAUCUCCUCAAACAAGCCGAGCAAGUGAUCAAUGAAUUGGCCCAUUCGAGAUCUCUGAUGGAGAUACAAUAUGAGAACGAGGUGGGAACGGGUCUUGGGCCAACGUUAGAGUUCUACACCCUGGUAUCCAAAGAGAUGCAACGGGCAGAUUUGAAUCUGUGGAAAGGAGACACUGUCAAGAUUAGUAGUGAGGAUGUCAUGGAAGACGAUGAGAAUGCCGACGACUGCAUUGAGUACGUCCAUUCAUCGACGGGUCUCUACCCGAGUCCCUUGGGGAGAAACCUAAAGUCCUCGCACAAAGUGAAGAUCAAGAACAAGUUUCAAUUCCUCGGCAAAUUCAUCGCCAAAGCCGUUCUCGACAAUCGAAUGAUCGAUCUCCCUUUCAGCCAGCCUUUCUACCAAUGGCUUCUCAAGGCCGAACAGUCUUUCACUACACGGGAUCUGAUGAACAUCGACCCAACCAUCGCCAACACCGUGAAUCAGUUGGAAGGCAUUGUCAGAAAGAAACGCAAAUUAGAAGAGGACGAUAAGAUCACACCCAAUGAGCGACUCAUCCAAAUCAAGGGUCUCACUAUGGAUGGGUGUCCUGUGGAAGAUUUGGGCUUGGAUUUCACCCUGCCCGGAUAUCCGAACAUUGAAUUGCGAAAAGGAGGAAAGCACAUUGCUGUCACUCUAGAUAACCUACAUCAAUACGUGAAACUUGUGUCCCACUGGAUGCUCAUCGAAGGUGUGUCCUGCCAGAUGGAGUCCAUUCGCGAAGGGUUCGAAUCAGUGUUCCCGCUCGAGUCCCUGCAGAUGUUCUAUCCCGACGAGUUGGAUCAAAUCUUUUGUGGUUCCAUGCAAGGUAACUUUACCCAAUGGGACUCCAAGACGCUCGGUGAGACAUGCAAACCUGAUCAUGGCUUCAAUCCUGAUUCCCAAGGGAUUCAAUUCCUGUACGAGGUCAUGUCUGCCUACAAUCGUGAAGAGCAAAGAGAGUUUCUUCAAUUUGUGACCGGAUGUCCGCGCCUGCCCGUUGGCGGUUUCAAAUCACUAUCUCCGCCUUUAACGAUCGUCAAGAAGACCUUUGAUAGUCCUGAAGUGAAUCCUGAUGACUAUUUGCCGUCAGUGAUGACUUGCGUCAACUACUUGAAGAUCCCCGAUUACAGUAGUAAGCAGAUCAUGAGAGAAAAACUGCGGGUGGCCUCUCAGGAAGGCCAGUAUAGUUUUCACCUUUCAUAAUGGUCGACUGUGGACCCUCCAAAAAAAUAACACCACCCUUCUGCCUGUGGUUGAGUGUUUGUAAAACAUCACAAACGUUGUUAGCAAAGAAGCAAGAUGGCUGUAAAUAUUCUGACCGAGACGUCGUCAUCUGAUAAUUCCGAGGGGUGUCUAAACAUGAUAAUAAUCCAGGAUGGAAUGAGCCGCAAAGAAAGAGGCGAACAAUGAUGAAUAUAACAUUCUUCAUGAAUGUGUGUGUUUUGCUUUUUGUUCCAAGAUAGAUACGCAUUACAAAUCUUGGAUGAGAACAAUAAUUUCCCCUUUUCAAUGUUUUCUCCGCAGCAAUGAACCUUCAAAGUCACUGAUUGCGAGUGUGGACUUCCGGAGUCCGAAAAUGAAUAAAGCUUUAGGAUAAA